AUGCCAGAUCCUCGUCCCAUCACCGCGGCCGCCCUCCAGCCCAUCCGCAAUGUCGUCAGCGCGUCCUUCCUCUAUCCCUGCAAGGGAAUCUACUAUUGCCUUACCCACCGCGAAUUCUGGCCUCUCUUUGGCCGGCAGUUAAUCCCCUUGACGGUCAUCUCGCUCGUUAUACUCGGCAUUCUUUUUACCUUCACCUACCUGCCACAAGUCGCGUUUCUCCUUAUCUUCCACGGCCCGACAGCAUGGUUCAACGCAGUUUUCCUCGUCCUCGGGGAAGGGCAGGUACUGGUUGCCUUACUGUUUGAAGCCUUCAUGGUUGACGAGACGCUUGUCAAUAUCUUCGAUGCAACACUCAUUCGCGAAGGCCUCGUCGACCUCGUGUCCCCCUCCCGCAUUCUCUUUCAUGAUGCCCCGAACGCCGUCAAGAUGCUCGGCAAACCCACCAGCGCGGCGGUCUACUCCCCAUUCUCCUUCCGCCAAAUCGCCGAAUUCGUGCUCUUCCUUCCGCUCAACCUGAUACCUGUAAUCGGCACGCCGUUCUUCUUGGUCCUGACGGGCGCGCGCGCGGGCCCAUUCCACCAUUGGAGAUAUUUCAAGUUAUUGGGCCUCACGAAGAAGGAGCGGAAGGAGGCGAUCAGGAGAAGGGGUUGGAAAUAUACUUGGUUUGGGACCGUGGCUCUGCUUCUACAACUUGUGCCUGUUCUGUCGAUGUUUUUCCUCCUUACCACCGCGUGUGGGUCGGCACUCUGGGUUGUAAAGCUGGAGGAGCAGAAGAGGUUAAUUGCUGAGGCGCCCGUUCCCGCACCGACAACUCGCACAGAUGAACAGAACCCGCCCCCGCCGUAUACUGAUGAUCCUAUAUAG